AUGUGCUCCAACUACUGUGGCAGCCUCUGUGGCUCUGGCUGGGGAUACGGCUCUGGCUGGGAAUGUGGCUACGGCCCCUCCUGUGGCUGGGGCUAUGGCUCCCGUUAUGGCUGCGGAUACAGCCCCUACUUCGGCAGUGGCUACGGCUGCUGGCCAUCUUGCUAUAGAAGUUUUUAUUCUUCUUGCUGCCUCUGUGGCUCUGGCUGGGGAUACGGCUCUGGCUGGGGAUGUGGCUACGGCCCCUCCUGUGGCUGGGGCUCUGGCUCCCGUUAUGGCUGCGGAUACAGCCCCUACUUCGGCAGUGGCUACGGCUGCUGGCCAUCUUGCUAUAGAAGUUGUUAUUCUUCUUGCUGGUAG